AUGGAAGGAAGAAAAAGUGUCGCAAACAAUUCGUCGACUACCUCUGCAGUUAAAGUUCCUACAACUUAUGUCUCACCAUUCUCAAAACCCUUACGACCUCCUAUAAUACCAAAACAACUUCCUCAUACAAUUCAAGACAAUUUGUUGGACAAUAUGCAUUUGCACAAAGAAACAGCUCAGCCAACAGGUCAGGCAACAACAACUAUCGGAACAGAAGCAUUUUCAGAAGAAGUUCAUACCAAUCAGAUUCCAAUCGAACAUACAGAAACACAACCACCCGAAAAUACAGAAACACAUCCAAUCGAACAUACAGAAACACAACCACCCGAAAAUACAGAAACACAUCCAAUCGAACAUACAGAAACACAACCACCCGAAAAUACAGAAACACAUCCAAUCGAACAUACAGAAACACAUUCUACAAUGACCACUAGGUUGCAAACACGAUAUCUCGCCUUUAGCAAACAAUUUAAGUCUCAAAUUCAAGACACACAAGAUAGCGACACUCCUCUUUCAGAGAAAGUUCUUAGAAAAUACGCAAAGAAAAGGUUAGAAUUGUUAGAUAAGUUAAAUGAACAGUGGGGUUCAGAAGACAAUCGAGAUUAUAACGAGAUGUUUCAAGCUGUCAUGGAUGCCAUUCAGCCUCUUGAAAACGAAAUCAAAGACCCUGGCGUACUUGUUGACAUGUUUGCUUCAUAUUUACCCGUUACUGCCAAUCUCAUAGCGUUGCAAGCUAUUGACCAGUUCAUUCACUUGUUUCCAAAGAACUUGCAGAAGCAUUUACAAGAAGUUAAAAUUGCUGAAUUUGUCCGUUUAUAUCCAAAUUCAUACAAUUAUUUGGAAGAAUUGAAUGAACAUGGUGAAAGGUCAUUCUAUUUAUAUUUCUACACAAAAGACAACCAGUCAAAACGACUAUACUGCAUUGAACCUUUACCAGAAUUUCAAGACAAUUUCCACGUUAUAACAACUGUUGCUUUAGAUAUUCCUGCCAGAGUUCCAUAUGGAGGAACAGUAACUAUCUCAAGCUUUCCCAAGGGCUAUAAAGGAAAGCCUCUCACAAUUGCAAAAUUCACACACAGCAGUUGCCAAUUUGUUCAAGAUGUCGAGUUCCAUUUCCUCAACAAUACGACUUUCAUCAUAGAGACUCCUCAAGAAGGUAUAUACAAAGUUUUCAUCGCAGGAUUUGUUGCUCCCAAUGGCGAAGAAGAAGAAGUCGAAGAAAUCCUCACCUCAGAGAGCGAAGAAGAAGAAAAUUUCCAAGACAUUCAAGAUUCAGAAUAUACCGAAUAA